AUGGACGUGGACGUGGUCGUGGACGUCGACGUGGACGUGGACGUAGACAUGGACGUGGACAUGGACGUGGACGUGGACGUGGACGUGGUCGUGGACAUGGACGUGGACGUGGACGUGGACGUGGACGUGGACAUGGACGUGGACGUGGACGUGGACUUGGACGUGGACACGUGGACGUGGACGUGGACGUGGACGUGGACGUGGACGUGGAACGUGGACGUGGACGUGGACAUGGACGUGGACGUGGACGUGGACGUGGACGUGGACGUGGACGUGGACGUGGACGUGGACGUGGACAUGGACGUGGACAUGGACGUGGACGUGGACGUGGACGUGGACAUGGACGUGGACAUGGACGUGGACGUGGACAUGGACGUGGAGGUGGACGUGCACGUGGAGGUGGACCUGGUCGUGGACGUGGACCUGGACGUGGACGUGGACGUGGACAUGGACGUGGACGUGGACAUGGUCGUGGACGUGGACAUGGUCGUGGACCUGGACAUGGUCGUGGACGUGGACAUGGACGUGGACGUGGUCGUGGACGUGGACGUGGUCGUGGACGUGGACGUGGACGUGGACGUGGACGUGGACGUGGACGUGGACGUGGACGUGGUCGUGGACAUGGACGUGGACGUGGACGUGGACGUGGUCGUGGACGUGGUCGUGGACGUGGACGUGGACAUGGACGUGGUCGUGGACGUGGACGUGGACGUGGACGUGGAGGUGGACGUGGUCGUGGACGUGGACGUGGUGGACGUGGACGUAGACGUGGACGUGGACGUGGACGUGGUGGACGUGGACGUGGACAUGGACGUGGACGUGGACGUGGACGUGGACGUGGACAUGGAUGUGGACGUGGACGUGGACAUGGUCGUGGACGUGGACGUGGACGUGGACGUGGACAUGGACGUGGACAUGGACGUGGACGUGGACAUGGACGUGGACAUGGACGUGGACGUGACAUGGACGUGGACAUGGACGUGGACGUGGACAUGGACGUGGACAUGGACGUGGACGUGGACAUGGUCGUGGACGUGGACGUGGACGUGGACGUGGACAUGGUCGUGGGUUUAG